AAAACAGCUUAAAACGACGCUCUCUCAGGUUCCUCUCUGGCCAAACAUAAUCGAGUCUUACGAAUAAACCGAGCUGACACGAGUGCUCUUCUCCCCGCAAAUCACAGCUCCCCUCGCUUUAAGCACAGACGGAGUAUGAUGUGUGCGUGAGUGUGCUCGAGACUUGGAGCUCAGGUUGCUCGGAAUCGCAGUACAGGUUACGUUCGCGUCAAACACCUGUUGUGUCAAGAUCGUCAAGCUCGUGACGGAAACUCGAGGGAAGAAUCUUCAAGAAGACGCGAUCUUCAUAAGUCCUACCGACCAUGGCACGCUACUUCCGAGAAGAGGAUAUAGACGAGUUCCGAGAGUGCUUCUAUCUGUUUGCUCGAAGCGGUCAGAUUCGCACGCUCGAUGAGCUCACUAUAAUUAUGAGAUCCUUAGGAUUAAGCCCAACCAUUGCAGAAUUGAACAAGUACAUGAAGGACAAAGGUGGAAAGAUGUCUUUUGCUGAUUUUCUGGAAGUCAUGCAUCUUCAGACUCGUGCGGAGGAUCUACCGAAAGAAGUGAUUAGAGCCUUUCAAGCUGCAGAUACCUCUCACAGUGGCACUAUUCCAGCACGGCAGUUGGCACAUAUGUUGCUUAACUGGGGAGAACAAUUGAGCAGCAAAGAAGUGGAACAAAUCUUCCGCGAAGCCAAUGUGUCUCUGAACGGACACGUGAAGUACGAAGACUUUGUUAAAAUAGCCUGUGCACCUGUACCUGACUAUUAUUAAAGACUGUUAGAUGCAACUUUCGUAUUUAUAUAUACGUUCUAUAAUAUAUCUUACGGUAAUCCUGUGAAAUACAAGAGAGUGAGAAAUUAUAUUUUUACAUAAAUAAGGAAAGUCUUUUUUAAUUUAUAAAAAAGACUUUAUAAUUUAAAAUAUGUGGUUGCGGGACUUCUACGGUUGUUGAAUAAAUAAAAUCUAUUUCAUUA